CUCUUCCUCUUCCCUGCCAGUCUCCCUCUCACUCGCUCUGCUCCUCUCCUGCCAAGGAGUAGGAUAAGAAAUGCCCAACUUUGACCCUUCUUUCCAAAAGGAUCAGAAAGGAAGGAUUAAAAGCCGGAGGGAGGGUGGGAGAGUUUGGGAGGGGUGGGGAGAGAAGCACAGAAGGAAGAAAUAGAGAGAGAGAGAGGCAGAGAAAAGGAGGGGGACAGAGAGAAGAGGAUUUCAGUAUUCUAGCUGCAAUAGCAACCGGUGGGGCUUGUGCUGUGCGCACACACACAGCUCUCACUGCACCUGUCUGCUGGGCACAGGCACAGCUGGUGAGCUGGGAGAAAAGAGAAGAGGGGAAACCCUUCCGUAAAGAGAUUGGACAUUGGGAAUUCAACAAUAAAGCCACAGAGGCCAUGCCCAAGCAGGCAGGAAUGGAAGAAAAGCCCCUAAACUUGCUGGAGGUCAAGGAGACACAAAGGCACCAGGCUUGGCUUUCCUCCUCCUUCUGAACUUGGAUUCUCCUGGGUGGGUUUUCCCCGCCACCACCACCUUUAGUAUUUUGUUUGGUUGCUACAAGUGUUUUCUUUCCUGGUCCCCAGAGACUCCAGCUGCAGCACACCUGGACCGAGCUGGCCAUCCUUUGGGGCAGACUGGGGAAGGAGAGAGGGGAGCCCCUGGGCCCCCCUGCAAACUGGAUAGGAAGGAAUCUGUCAAACUGCAGUCACGCCAGCCCAAGCUGCCUCUCUUUAUGUGGACACUGCGCUUCCCUGGGAUCGCCUGGCUCGUGCGUUUAAGAUGGCUGGGAAAGUUUUCCUGAUGUACCUGACAAUCUAUCCCGCCCUACAGAUAAGGACAGAAAGCAUGGAGGAGUAUGACUACGAUUACCUCAGUGUCAAUAAAACCUGGGUCCUGACCCCCAAGGCGCAGGAGACGGACGCCACACAAAUCCUCAACUCACUGCUGAAGAACUACGACAACAAACUGAGGCCCGACAUCGGCAUCAAGCCCACAUUCAUCGAUGUGGAUAUCUAUGUGAACAGCAUUGGGCCGGUCUCCGUCAUCCAGAUGGAAUAUACCAUUGAUAUCUUCUUUGCUCAGACCUGGUAUGACCGGCGCCUUCGCUUUAACAGUACCCUCAAAGCCCUCACUCUGAACACUAACAUGGUGAGCCGCAUCUGGAUCCCAGACACCUUUUUCAGGAACUCUAAGCGGGCUGACUCACACUGGAUAACCACACCCAACCAGCUGCUCAGGAUCUGGAAUGAUGGCAAGGUGCUCUACACGCUCCGGCUGACCAUAGAGGCGGAAUGUCUACUCCAGCUGCAGAAUUUUCCAAUGGACACACACUCCUGCCCGCUGGUUUUCUCCAGUUAUGGCUACCCGCGAGAGGAGAUUAUCUACCGCUGGAGGCGUUACUCCAUUGAAGUCUCAGACCAGCGCACCUGGAGACUUUAUCAGUUUGACUUCACAGGCCUGAGGAACACAUCAGAAGUUCUCAGGACAGGGGCUGGGGACUAUAUGGUCAUGACGGUUUCCUUUGAUCUGAGCAGGCGGAUGGGCUAUUUUGCCAUUCAGACCUAUAUCCCCUGCAUCCUGACCGUAGUUUUGUCCUGGGUUUCCUUCUGGAUCAAGAGAGACUCCACACCGGCCAGGACUUCUCUGGGUAUCACCACAGUGCUCACCAUGACCACCUUGAGUACCAUCUCCCGCAAGCACCUCCCGAGGGUCUCCUACAUCACUGCCAUGGACCUCUUUGUCUCGGUGUGCUUCAUCUUUGUCUUUGCCGCUCUCAUGGAGUAUGCCACGCUCAACUACCUGGUGGGAAACAAGAAACCACUGGACCACAACAACAAGAAACCCAGACUGCCACCUGCUAAUGCCCAUGUGAUGCCCUCCUUCACCACCAUCAACAUCAACAACCUCAUGCACUGGCCUCCUGAGGUAGAGGAGGAGGAGGAGCCGGGUGCCCCUUGCCUAGAAGGGAAGGAAUGUGAGAGGUUUUUUUGCUGCAUCGAGGACUGUCAGACAGGGACGUGGCGGGAGGGCCGCAUCCGCAUUCACAUAUCCCGCCUGGACUCCUACUCCCGGGUUUUCUUCCCCACCGCCUUCCUGCUCUUCAACAUCGUGUACUGGAUCGCCUAUCUCUAUCUCUAGCUGUUCCCCAGUCUGUGGUGAAAUAAACCAGAGGCCAACAAGAUUUGCAAAAAGGAAAAAGGGAAACAGUGUCGCUUCUCAUUUUAGUCAUUCUUUUUUUUUUUGACACUUGCCCAACCUUAACCCCUUCCUCCCCUUCUGAGUAGAACCAGUUGGGGAAAAAAUUCAUGGCCAAACUCUUUGAUGAAAACCAGGUUGUCAACACAUGGGAGAUUUUCUUAUGAAAAUUUCCGAUUUUCUGCAAAAAUACAAACCUGAAUGUUUUUUCCAUUUCCAAUGAAACCCCAAUAAUUUCACGGAAAGUGCUGAUGAAAGUGAAUUUUUUUUUCAUUUUUACAGGAAAUCAAAUAAAUUUCUCGACCAACUCUACUCCUCAGCUUCUGUUGACAUAAACCCUGGUGAAGGGCCAUGGAAAAGUCCACAAGGACUGGAGGUCCUCUAUCAGGAGCCAGUGCUGUUCAAAAUGUGUAUGGUACUUGCUAGAAAGGGUGAAUGGCCAUAGACCUGGGAUGGACCAGUGCAUCCCCCAGCAGCCUCUACCUGCAGGGUUGCUAUGGGACUCUCACUGUAGCCUACAGCUGCCCCCUGCUGUAGCAGAUGGUACCAAGACACAGCAGUAGGGACUUUCCCUGACACUGGUCAGUCUAUGAAGCUAUGCAUUUGGAAAGUUUUAAAUAAGUCUGUGAGGAUCCAUCUACUCUACAAAUACAACCCUAUAAAGGGCCCAGGUACAUCCUGGUUGUAUUGUGUCAUGUAGAUGUAUAUUGCUUUCAGUUACUACUCAGAAUUCAGUGUUGUAACUGAAAUCAAUAUAUUUGAAAAUGUAGAAAAACAUCCAAAAUAUUUAUAAUAAAUUUAAAUUGAUAUUCUGUUAUUGUUCAGCAGUGAGAUUAAAAUUGUGAUUAAUUGCAACUGUUUUUUUAAUAUAAUUAAUUUGUUUUGUGUUAAUUGCUUGCGUUAACUGUGAUUAGUUGACAGCCCUACCCCUAAUAUUGUUUUAUUUGUAGUGUAGACAGGGUCUGACUUCUUUUCGUUCUGCUUCAGGGGAACAAAGUGUGAUCCCAGUUCUACUGCCUUCCAUCAGUGGGUAGUAUCUGACACCACAAAUCAUCCUAUUGAAACCAAUGGGGCUUCUCAUGGACUGAGGUAUUACUCAACCUGAGUAAGGGUGGCAGAAUCAGGCCCUGCAGAAUUUAAAAUAACAAACAUGCAAGGUCCUUUUGGGGGCCCUGGCAGCACAAACACAUCUAUUUUUAAAUCUUUAGGAUUCAGAAAGAAAAUUUAAACUGGAAGAUUUAGGAGAAAGCCAUGCUCCGCCUACUUUCUGACACUCCCCACACUUUUCUGGUGAGUGGCUCCCAGGACGGGGCAGAGCAACUCAAUAACAUCCGCAAGUGCCAGGUCUGCUGUGUUGAGUAGCCCUUAGCCAGGUCUAGCAUGGGGAGGUAGGUGUUUCCUUGCUCACAUACUGUCACAGAACUUGUGUGGCCAUGUAACUUGGGGAGGGAAGCAAUCUUUCCUCGGUGAGGACUGGGGAAAUAUGCCAUUCAGUGCUAAGCAGGAAGAGUCUGCAUCUGUAGCAGAAAAACACAGAGCCGGAUUCUCCACUGAAGUAAAUUGUUGCUGCCCCAUUUAUGCCAGCUGAGCAACUGUCCCACCAUGCUGUUUGCUGAAAGUGACUUCCCAUUCAUAUUUACUUACUGUGUAAAUUAAAAAGAAAUCUUUUAUAAAGAGCAUGUUUUAGAAAUAACUGUCACUUUAAAGGCUUGUCCCAAGUAGAGAGACAACACCUGCAGGGAGUGUAGCUGGGAAUGGCUGGUUUACCGGACAGUUAAUAGGGCCACGAGGGAUAUGUAUUCUUAGAGAGCAAAUUUGAUCUGGUUUAAAGAUGGAUUUUGACACUGUUGAAUGUGAUCUGAAUAAUGAUGUGUCAUGUUUAAUUAAUUCAUAAAUAUACCCUUACCUUGCUUCCAGGGGGACUCAACGAGAGCCUAAUUAAGGCUACAAUAGUACAACACUUGGCUAAGUAUAACCUAAUAGGGUCAAACCUGCACAGCUUCUGGAAGGGAAAAUUAUGCCUGUCUAACCUGUUAGGGUUCUUUGAAAUGCUGAAUAAAUCAGGAGAUAAAGGUUUCCCAGCAGACAUAAUUUACUUGGAUUUUUCCAAUGGCUUUUGACAAGAUAGAGCAGAAUUAUUGAGGGUGGUACAAGGGGGGUUCUAAUUAGAAGAAAUUAAUGUAGAAAAAGCUAGUCUAAGAGAAGGAUAAAAAUAGUUUCCUGACAACGAAGUCUGUUGGGCUGCAGAACUGUCUCCUGAGCGAAGGGGGGUGAAAUCUCACUUGACAUAGUAAAACCAGCAGUGUAGUCAAGGGCAAACUUGGGUAACUCGCAUUUGCCCACUUUUCAUUUGGGGAAUAUGGAGUUUAGGUUAGAUUAGUUCACUCACUUCUCUUUUUUACCACUACACCGCUGAAUAAAGCGAGAUUGGACGUAGCAACAUAAUAUACUGUAUGAAUCAACUCUGUCCUGACAGAUGGCUGAACUAGAUAGGUGUUCUGCCAUCACUAAUUUCUAUGAUCCCCCAAUAGGGUCUCUUUGAGGCUAUUCCAGAAAAUAAAGAUUGCCAUGGAUUAAAAAUUGCUUAAGUGACAGAAACAUAGGAAAGGCCUGUUCUCAGAGGAGAACGAAAUGAGUGUGGGGGCACCACUGGUCUGUAUUGGAAGAAGUAUUACUUAAUAUAUUCAUCAAGUGGAGUAAGUGGGCAGCAGAUAGUGAAAUAUGCCAGUGACACUAGCACCAGUAGAAACUCCAGGCAGGUUUAAACAUGAUGGAAAUCAAGGGUAAUGCACAUCAGCAAAGACAGUGAAAACUCCUCAGAUACAGCCCUGGGUUUGGAACACUUUUCUAAGGAAACUGACUUAGGAGGUUGUCAUGGAAAACAUGAUUAUCCAGUAAGCAACAGCACUUAGCAAGAUAGAUGGUUGGGUAUAUUAUAAAAGAGGAUAGAAUUCCCCCGCCCACAACCACCACCACCACACACACACAUACCUCCCCCUCUGCUAAUAUAACAAUGGGCAAAAUCAGUGCUGAGUGAGUAGGCAGAGGUGUCAUGGGAAUUUUAUCUGUUUACACUUGGGUCCAUGAUGGUAUAUACUGAUCUGGGGGCCGAUCCUACAAUGUGCCCAGGACCCUCAAUUCCCAUUCAGAUCAAUGAGAAUGGGAGUUACUCCACAUCUCAAAAGAGCUGCUCACGCAGCACUUGGUAGGAUCCAGCCCUUGGAGAACUACGUUCAAUUUGGGGCCAACUCAACUUGAGGAUUAUUAUAUUACACAGGAGGAGGGGAGAGGUCUAGGGAAGGGAAAAGAUGGUUAGCACUUGGGCUGGGUAGGACUUGGAUUUGAUGAGAUACUGCAAAAAGAGGGUAAUCUGGCCUGGAAAGAUGGAGCGUUUAGAGGGGGAAAUGGAAUUACAAGGACUGGAACACAAGAGAUCAAAAUCAAGCAGAUUCCUAAGGGUAGGAGAAGGAGUUUCCUCUGGCUUUGAUAAAAUGUGUCCAUCCCAAUUAUUACAAUAAAUAAACAAAUGUAUUCAUUAAUUAACAUUUUACAUUUCUAUAGCACUUUUUAUCCAUAAAUUUCAAAGUACUUUGCAAGGAUGGGUAAGGAUCAUUCUACCAUUUUAAGAUCAGGAAAACUGAGGCACAGGUUUUUUUUAAAAAAACUGACUUCCCUUGGGCCACAAAGCAAGUCCGGCAGAGCUAGGGGUAGAACCCUCCUCUACCUAUAGUUCCCUUUCUUUCCCAGAUUAAAGUAAAAAUGGCAGCCUUAAUUAUGAAUUCUUUGGUUUAUAUUACAACCAACAAUGUACGGUGGUCUGGUUUUUGUUUUAAAAUGGGAUGGCUGCUGACUUUUUAUGUCCUUGUAUGUUGUCCAUACAAGGUGAGCUGAGAUGCUGACCAAACAACACACCAGACUAAUGACUGUACUGAAGCCAUAACACCAGCAUUCAUGUUCUAUACAUUUUCUUUGAAAAAGGCUCAUUUGUCACUUCACUGACUCCCAUUCCUGUCACCUCCCCCCACAAAUAUGCUGUAUAAUGGAACAGUUUGAGUCUGUAAGCUCUUCAGGGCAGGGACUGACUCUUAUAUGUGUUUGUACAGCCCCUGGCACACUUAGGGUGACCAGACAGCAAAUGUGAAAAAUUGGGAUGGGGGUGGGGGGUAAUAGGAGCCUAUAUAAGAAAGAGACCCCAAAAUUGGGACUGUCCCUAUAAAAUCAGGACAUUUGGUCACCCUAAGCACACUGGGGCUGUGAUCUUGGUUGGGGCUCUUGGGUGUUAACUGUAAAUGUAAAUAAUAAACAGUAUUAAUAGCAGUCUGCA